AAAUAAUUACCUGCCUUGAUUGUUCUAUGGCUAGAUAAAAAAGUACACAUACACUCCAUAUAAUAAUCGGAUGCAUGUAAACGAGUCGUGGAGGCUUCGACAUGUCGACCACGGGUCCCAUAAGUAAUUAUUACGUGGACUCCUUGAUCAGCCAUGAGAACGAGGAUGUCCUCGCUGCGACUCGGUUCUCGGCGCCCGGUUCGCACCCAGCCGGCCCUCGUCCGACGUCCCUAGUGCCGGAGUGCUCUGACUAUCCUUCCUGCAGCUUCGCGCCCAAGCCACCCGUCUUCUCCACCUCCUGGACCCCCGUACACUCCCAGUCCUCAGUGGUUUACCAUCCAUACAGUCACCAACCCCACAUAGGCACAGACUCGAGGUACGUGCGGUCAUGGCUGGAGCCGAUAUCAGGCGCCGUGACUUUCCAUGGCUAUCCGGGCAACGGCAGGCACUACGGGCUGAAGCCCGACGCCUUUCAGGAGCACAGAGCCGGCGAGUGCCUCGGCUCCGGCGGACGGACCUACACGGAUUAUCUGUACUGCUCAUCCGCUGACAUGCGGGACAAGACGCCGCAGAACAUGCCCUCCCCCGAGUCGGAGCUCCUGGCUUCGGGGAAACAUAAAGACGAGAAGUCGGAGCUGGAUCCGAACAACCCUGUGGCAAAUUGGAUACACGCCCGCUCCACAAGGAAGAAGCGAUGCCCUUACACAAAGUACCAGACUCUCGAACUGGAGAAGGAGUUUCUGUUCAACAUGUACCUCACGAGGGACCGCCGGUACGAGGUCGCGAGGGUCCUGAAUCUGACCGAGAGGCAGGUCAAAAUCUGGUUCCAGAACCGGCGGAUGAAGAUGAAGAAGAUGAACAAAGAGAAGAACGACAGGAAAGAACAAUAACGCGGACUGUAGUCUGAUCACCACAUGGACAGCACAGAUGCACCAAAACACACGAUGACCCCCUCCUCCUCCUUUCUCCUCCUCUUCAUAUUUAUCACUCUGUUGGAUUUUGUAUUAUUAACCUUAAGUUCGACACUGUUUGAUGCAGAUUAUGUUAUUUUUCCAGUGCACAAUUAUGCGUCAAACGUCAAAGAAAUAAAAAAGAGAAACAAAAAAAGGAGACGAUUACAUUGUGUUUUCACUUUGAAAUACCUUUAUAUAUAUAUAAAUAUAUAUAUAUAUAUAUAUAAUUUUUCUUGUAAUAGAAAAUUAUACAAGCGCAGUCUGGCGACCUACCGCUGAAACUGCCCGAAGAAAGAAAAUACUUGAAUUCUUAUGAAUUUCAAAAAACUCAUAAUUUAUGAUGUCAACGUUUACGUCUUUUGUACACGUUGUUGUUGUUGUUGCAGGUGUAUUUUUUGUACAGACACCGAACAUCUGCGAUCGGACUCGCUUUUCUUGUAAUUUUAAUUUUUUUGUGAUAUAGUUGUUGCUGUAUUUGUGCAUCUCUUUCUCUCUUUAUUUUUUUUCUUCUUUUGGAUUGUAGUCUAUGCGUUUAAUUAUAGAGUGUAGAUGUAGACCUCUGCAAAUAUAAACAUAACCACUGA